AUCGACACACUGUGACUGAAUAGGUUUAAAGAAGAUAAAACCAGCUCACAAAUGAAAAUGUGAAGUCAAGGCGGAUCCAAUUGCAGCUCUCGUCAAUCAGGCUAAUUUUCUUCCUUUUACAUUGCCUCUCUGGUUAAUCCACCCCUUUUGCACUCAGUUCCCUGAUCAAUUUCCCUCUCCCUGGUUGAUUUCCCCCAUUAUCGCUUUUCUGGCAUCAGGCGGUACUGUACAAGGGGUUGAACCUGCUCGCUGCCCUGUUCAGGCUCCGUAGGCGGAACCUUUCUUUAGGGCUGCAGGGACAGACGGUGUAGUUUACAUGCGAGAUAGAGUGAUGGCGGCGGCGAGAGUGGCUGCGGCAGGACAGCUGAGGGUUUUGCUGAGGCAGUUGACACAUCCUCAUCGUUUAUCCAAUGGAUCCCGGAGAUCUGUUUGCACGGCAUUUAAGGCUGCUGAUUUGCAGAUUGAACUCACUAAACAACCCAGAGAGAAGCCAGACAACAACACCCUGGUGUUUGGCAAGUCGUUUACAGACCAUAUGUUGACAGUGGAAUGGGACGCAGAGAAGGGCUGGAGCAAACCCCAAAUUAAACCUCUGCAGAACCUCUCCAUGCAUCCUGCAUCUUCAGUUCUGCACUACUCUAUAGAGCUGUUUGAAGGUAUGAAGGCUUUCCGUGGUGUGGACAACAAGAUUCGCAUGUUCCGACCGGACUUGAACAUGGAGCGGAUGCACCGGUCAGCGGUCAGAGCCAGUUUGCCGGAAUUUGACAAAGGAGAGUUGGCGGAGUGUAUUCGAAAACUGAUUGAAGUUGACAGAGAAUGGGUCCCGUAUUCUGAUAAAGCAAGUCUCUACAUCCGACCCACCUUCAUUGGCACCGAGCCUUCCCUCGGAGUGUCCCGAACUAACCACGCCCUACUCUUUGUUAUCAUUGGGCCCGUUGGACCCUAUUUUGCAACAGGAGGUUUCAACCCCGUCUCGCUGCUUGCUGAUCCAAAGUUUGUGCGUGCUUGGAAAGGAGGCGUGGGUGACUGCAAAAUGGGAGGAAAUUACGGCCCCACGAUCUAUGUUCAGAAUGAAGCUCUGAAGCAAGGCUGCCAGCAGGUGCUGUGGCUCUAUGGAGAUGAGCACGCUGUCACAGAAGUCGGGACCAUGAACAUCUUCGUCUAUUGGAAGAACGAGCAAGGCGAGGUUGAAUUGCUCACUCCUCCACUGGACGGUACAAUCCUUCCGGGCGUCACGAGGCAGAGCUUGCUGGACCUGGCACGGCAGUGGGGAGAGUUUAAAAUUUCGGAGCGAGGGAUGACAAUGCCUGAACUAGUCAAAGGACUGCAAGAGAAUCGAGUGAAGGAAAUCUUUGGUGCAGGCACAGCGUGUGUUGUGUGUCCAGUCGAUCGAAUCCUUUACAUGAACCAGAACUAUCACAUUCCCACCAUGGAGAAUGGCCCAGAGCUAGCUAAAAGGUUCUUGAAAGAAUUGACAGACAUUCAGUACGGUCGGACAUCCAGCGAGUGGGCAAAGCUGGUCAUCUGAAUAAUGGAUAUCUGCUUUCCAUUCCACACAACCCUAAGCCAGAGGCAGCUCGGUCUGUACUGGGAAUGCUUUCAAUGCUUUGUGUGGCUUCUCAAGGGAAUAUCUUGGAGACUUUAUUAAUCUUGUCUGGUUGUAGAAUUAGUCCGGAAAGUGGAUUCAGCAGUGCUAUCUUGUUCUAGAUUCUUUGGUCUGCCGUAGUAGCCUUUAAUUGCUUAUCAAGUGAAUUGUUGCGCUUUAUAGGGAUGGAACUUGUUGCAACUUAUACAAUAAUCGGUAUCAGUGACUCUCCAAAUGCUCUUGAGACCCGUAGGACCCAGAGUUGGUUGUGGCUUUGAAGUGAAAAGCUGACGAUAUAUUGGAGGAAAUCGGUCGUGCUGGAAGAAGUCCUCAGCUCCUGUUUGCUGCUUCUGACGAUCAGGAAAUGCUGGGAAUCGGAGGGAGACUCAAAAACAGGAAAGAUCAAUUAAUGGCUUUGAUCUGUGCUGUUGAAUCGAUUGGUUUAGCAUGGCCGUUCCUUCAGCCACCUGUCAACUGCCGACAUUUGAACAGCCGCCUUGUUGAAGCUCUUCAGCUUUUCAUUUUAGUUCUCGCAGAGGACAUCAACUAGAGCCGUCUGAAUCAAAAGGAGUGGCGCAGCCGGUAGAACCGCUGCCUCACGGCACCUGAGACCCGGGUUUAAUCCUAAACACAGACACUGUUUGCAUGGAAUUGCACGUUCUCCCUCUCUUACUAAUGGGAGCUCCAGCUUCUUCCCACGUUUCUAGUACAAGCGUGUUGGUGGGUGAAUUAACACAGUGAAUUGCCCCUAGUGUGUGGCGAAGUAGUAGAAUCUCGGGCAGGGAGUUGAUGAGAAUGUAGAGAGAAUAAAAAAUGGGAUUGAUGUGGGAGUAUUGUUACAGUGUCUACUUGGUGGGCUAACAUGGACUCUGUGGGCUGAAGGGCCUGUUUCCAUGCAGUACGAAGAUAUGUCCCUGAAUCUCUUGGCUCUGCUAGGUCAGUUGGGGAUGGGAGUGGAGGUCAGGCACAUUGAGGAUUCAUUCCCCUGGCUCCGCUAAGUUAAACAGCCUGACUGUAUGUCACUAAAAAUCCCCUUGCCUCUAAGAACAUCAGAAUGUCAUUAUGGCAAAUUAUCUUUUUAAUGUAAUUUUAUCUGGGAUCUGGACAUUGCUGGCAAGAUUGAUUGCAGCAUUAAUUUCCCUGAACUAAGCGGCUCGUUAGGUCACUGUCGAGUCGGUCACGUUGCAAUAGGCUGGACUCACACACAGACCAUACUGUGUAAUCGUGAUGGAUUCCUUUCCCAAAGAUCACUAGUGAACCAGGUGGGUCUCUUCCACAAUCCAGUAGCUUCGUGGUCAUCAUUGCAAAGAAUUUAAAUCCCACCCAUGUAGGAUUUGAACUCGGGUCUCUCUGGGUUUAGCCUGGGUCUCCAGCGCACUAGUUAAUUCAACCACUGUUCCCAUCACAUGUUUUUGUACAGAAUGGUGUCAGAACGCACAAAACAAGUUGUAUUUUUUCUGAGUGGGACAGAAUUGGAGUAAAUCAGUCUUUAUAUGUACAAUGGAAGCAGAGCUAUGAUAGUUAUUAAAAAACGUAUGGCAUUCUUUUAAUGCUGCACAUGUUACUGUGACUAGUGGUGGUGCUAAUAGCUUGUUGAUGGGGCUCAACGGUACAAGUAGUGAACACUUCAUCUCCCAUUGUGAGGUUUUUUAUGUCAAAGCUGCUUCAAGUGUAUUGUAGAACCUGCCCACUUCUUGCUUGCUAAUCUAUAGCAACCUGUUAAGGUAACUUGUAAUAACAACUGUACCCCUGUCCUCAGCCCCAGUGCAGUGAUUGCCCCAAGGAUAGGGGUUAGGGAUCAGAAAAUCACACAACGGCUGCACUUCUGUAGUGCUGAAGGAGGCCAAUAGGUUAAUGAUGGCAGAAAUGUUUCAUCUGUUGCAUGGUCAGUGUGGAGUCUUCCCCCAAUCAAGAAUCUGGCCUUUAUUGUUCCACUGCCACAAGAGCAUUUUCAGCGCUUUCCCUGUUUUUUAACAGGUUGACUUGGCCGAUGGACUGAGAAGAAUGAGACUACAGCCACAUAACCCCACUGAUGAGCAGCAGACGUUACUGAGACAGCAUCUCUAGCCCUCCAUGCAGUUAGCUCCAUCCAGCAGCCCUGUGUCGAGGAAACUCUGAGAUCACCCUUCCUCAACAUCAAUCUGUGAGAGGCACUCUUGUGGCCUUCCCUUUGUGGUUGAUGGGCUGUUUUCUGAAGAGGCAUUUAGUUGAUUGAGGGAGUCAACAUCACCGCUGCACAUCCAUUUAUGUCAGUCUGUCUCUGAGCGUAGGUGACCACCAGUGUUGCGGUAAGUCGAUGUUAGGCAGCACAAUGGUACAGCUGGAGCAGCCGCUGCCUCACAGCGCCAGACCCGGGUUCCAUCCUGACCUCGGGUGCUGUCUGUGUGGAGUUUGUAUGUUCUCCCUCUGACCGCAUAGGUUUUCUCUAGGUGCUCCUGUUUCCUCCCACAUUCCAAAGAUGUACAGGUUUGUAGGUUAAUUGGCCUCUGUAAGUUGCCCCUAGUGUGCAGGGAGUGGAUGUAAACGUGGGAGAAUAAAGAACUGCCCGUGAAUGGGUGAUUGAUGGUCGGUGUGGAAUCGGUGGACUGAGGAGCCUUAUUUCUGUGCUGUGUGUCUAAAACUAAAACUUAUCUGCAUUUCAUUGCAUGACCUCGAUGGGUUUGUGUGUGUGUAUGUGGUGUAUCUGUGUAUAUGUGGGUGUGUAUGUGGGUCUGUGUGUAAGUGGAUGUAUGUGCAUGUGUGUGUGUGUCCAUUGAGAAUCCUCUGAACCAUUGCAUCUAAUGCAUCAAUGUGCUUCUCCACUCAAAUGGGUAUUGGUUUCUCUGCCCGUCUGGGUACUGAUUAACAGCCGUAGUGUAACAAGCUGACCUCCGAGACCCUGUAGCAGGAUGCCAGUUUCACUUAAUCCUUGGAUGAGGCAGUGUGGUUUGACAAACUGCAGCUUGGGACAACUAGGUAUUCUGGAUUUAGCCGUGUCAGUAACUGAAGGAGUCAAACUGGGUCAACUCAGAAAUAACUGUGCCAGUUAUGUCAUCGAUAAGCUGCAUAAUAAACCCAUCCUUUAAAUCAUCUUCGGCACUGUUUUUACCCAGUGAUAAUUGUAAAGAGACAAACCACCAAAUUCCAGUUCUCAUUACCUGCCGGGUUAGUCUGAAGAAGGGUCUCAACCCGAAACGUCACCCAUUCCUUCUCUCCAGAGAUGCUGCCUGUCCCGCUGAGUUACUUUUUGUGUCUAUCUUCAGGUUAGGUAAUGUGCUCGUUAGGGCAGCACAACAGCUGCCUCGCUGGUUCAGCCCCGGAUUCAAUCCUGACCUUGGGUGCUGUCUGUGUGGAGUUUGCCCAUUUCCCACCUAUGAUAGAGUACGUCACCCCGGGUGCUCCAUUUUCCUCCCACACAACAAAGGCGUGCCACUGCUGGCAUGCAAAGGUUGGCCACUGUUAAAUUGCCUGAAGUGUGCAGGGAAUGGUAGAAUCUGUGGGAGUUGACAGGAAUGUGCGGGGGGGAAUAAAAUAGGAUUGGUGUCGGCGAGCUGUAAAGCAGUGCACAGAUUUGGAGGGCCGAAUGGCCUGUUUCUGUGCUGUACGAUUGGAUGACUAGUGAUUUACACAGUGAGAUGCUCAGUUUGGAGUAUGGGGAGGCAGGCAUGGAGCUGCAGGGAGUGCAUGUCAGAGGAGUCACUGCAUGGAAACGGGAAUGACAGAGGUACGGAGACAAUACUGAGCAAGGUGGCGUCCUGAACGAGCCCAUUUUGCCUGUUUGGUCCAUGUCACACUGUAAAUGCUCUUGGUACGGACAGACAUUCCGUAUUCAGUAUCAAACUGAAGAAGGGUCCCGACCCGAAAUGUCAUCCACCCUUUUUCUCCUGAGAUACUACCAACCUGACUCCAGCACUUUGUGUCAUUCUUUAUUGGGGCUCAUCUUGACUAAGAGUCAAGUUCUUUACCAGACCACCACCAGCAUCCGUGCUGUCUGAAGGAUGUUGGCAAAAUCCAGAACCAACACCACAUGUGUCCUUACCAAGGGCUUUCACAGUGGCCUUGUUCCACUAUCUCUAACUCAUGAAAUGUCAUGUCAUGGCUCUGAGGGAGGUUAAUAGAUUGGUGCUGUUUGGGCUGAAUCCUGACUGUCAACAAAAUAAGAGUGAAAUUGCAAAGAAUCCCAUCUCCAAAACGUUCCUUUGGGAGGUUAAUUAUAAAUGCUUCCAGUAAACUCUGUGUCGAGGCUGCACUUCACGUUAUUCUGGUUUGCUGCGUGGCCAACAUCUCUUCCUAUUUAAUGUGUCUGGCAGCGUUCAUUUGGCUUUGAUCUUUACCUGUAAGUUGUAUUUUUGUUCACCAAGAGUAUAUUUAUACACCUUUGAAUUAUGUCUUUCAUUCCCAAGUGCUAUUUAUAAAUGUAUUUUUUUCUUUACGAAGGUUGUCAAACUCGCUUGCACCAUUAAUAACAAUAUAUUCCUUCAUUCUGCAAUAAAAUAAUUAAAAUGUG